CUACACCGCAACAGAAAAAUAACAUUUCCAGGCGACCGCAAACCGUCCACUCUCCCAAGCCUAAAUGGCGGGCAAGAACAACCACCGCAUAAGAGACGCCAAAAAGCGCCGCCGAACCCUAGCAAACAAGUCUCGUCUGCACAUCACAGCCCACCCCCACGGCCUGCGAACACUCAAACCCUCAGCUAGGAAACAGCUCGAACGCGAUCGUGCGCCUGGGCUAUGGAUCUACCCGUGGUAUCUUGAUCCGACGCGGCAGCCACAGGCGCGUCAGUAUCCACACGCAAGUCUACUCGGGCUGCCGGCGGAACUGCGACAGAGGGUCUUGUACGAGAGUUUCGAUGUGCAGGAUCUGCGGGUGGAUGGACGUAGGUGGACGGAAGCGGACCGGCGAGAUGUGACUUGGGCGGGUACGACCAAGACGAUGAAGCUUAGGAGAAUGGACCAGGGCAUCCCAAAGCACCUCGAACUAACGCGCAGCGAAGGCGGACUUGUCGUUGUGCUAGGACGGCGGAUCGCGCAGAUGUGUCGUGUCGCGCCGCUCGUUCGCUCGGAUAUGUUGUACGUCGGAAAGAUGUGGGAGCGCGACUUGAAGAGCUAUGUUGAGCGCGAACUCUGCGACGUCCAGAUGCACGGGUUGAGUCUUCCUGUUGUCGCGGCGGGGUCUCAGUGGCUGGUCGACGUCGAGACUGAACAGCGGACGCGGAAGAAAGGCACGUGUGUUGAGAUAUAUGCGGGACGCAAGCAUCGACCGCCGAAAUGCUGGUAUUGUACGGAGAGACAUAGGGGUGGUGACUCUGUUUGUCCGAUGGCGAGGCGCGAUCCUGAGAGGUGGGGAGAGAUGACGAAGAAGGUUGGUGGGAAGAGGGGAGGUGUCCGGCUGUGUCGGGUGUUCAAAGGGAGGAAGAUUGUGUUUCGUGAUGAGGAGGCUUGAGUGUAGAGACUGCUUACUCAGAGGUUGAUUUGGGGAAGACCGUUACAUGGAACAUCAUCUACCCAGGUUGUACAUGAUCCCAGUAUAUGUCUGUAGGAGGAUACAGCGUCAUAAUCCCGCUUCAGCCAAUACACCCUCAGGUAAGCUACGUUUAACACGUCUGGUCGAGAUACAACAAGUAGCAAAUAGAUUAGAUUAGUUUCUUAUACCUAUCAACGUGCUCAUC